GAAAUAUCGUUUUGAUUAUUAUUUGCGACGUUCCAAAUAGCGUUAUUAGUUAUAGUUCUCAGUUUAUUCAAAUUCUCGGUUGUCGAAAAUGGACUCCUUAUCAUCUGACUUACAAAAAUUAAUAAAACAUGUAGCCAUAUGUCAAGGAAUAGAAAAUUUUAUUUUGCAUAAAAAAGGCUCGGCAUCUAACGAUGGUGACGGGUAUGUAGGAAUACUGGAAGCCUGGCAGCUUAAAGACAAGAACAGCGAUAGAAAGCUGGAAUUUGUUUUGAAGAGAGCUCCUAAAAGUGAGGCUCUUAGAAAACAGUUUCCAACAAGGCAGGCGUUUUUGAAAGAAAUUUAUGUAUACACGAAAAUUUUUCCAGAAAUAAUAAAAUUUCAACGAGAACACAACAUUCCCCAUCCAUUCGAUUCCGUAGCAAUGUUUUAUGGGGCAAUCGAAAAUGAACCAGAGGAAACUCUCAUUUUGAGAAACUUGAAAGAAGAUGGAUAUAGUAUGCACGACAGACUACAACCUUUAAAUUCGCUCCAUCUUAGUUUGGUAAUUGCUAGUUAUGCUAGGUUACAUGCGAUUUCGCAUGCUAUGAAAAUACUGGACCCUGAACGAUAUGAAAGACUGACCGAAAAUCAUCGAAAUAACAUCAUGACGGAGUUUAUCCAAACAAAACAUCAGGAAUCCAGCAAAGGUGGAGAUUCUCUAGUCGAAGGGAUGGAAAAAACGAGGAAAAUGUUUUUUGAUCCAGUUUUUGAGGCCAUAAAAGAUAACCCAAAUUUAGCCGAAGUUGUAAAACAGAAAAUGAUGAAAAGUUUUGAAUCUUUCUAUAAAGAUGAAUCAGAUAACGAUGAAUUUACUGUAAUUGGUCAUGGGGACUGUUGGAAUGCUAAUAUAUUGUUUAGUUACGAGGAUAAAUCCAACCCCGGUGUUCCCACAAAUGUGAAACUAAUCGAUUGGCAAUUGUCACGAGUGGUUCAACCAAUAUACGACUUGAGCUACUUCUUUUAUAUUAGUGCUGGUAAAGAAGAUCUUUGGCAAUAUCAAAAAUACCUAAAAGAAUAUCAUACCGUGCUAUCUGAAGCUUUACGCAAUUUCGGCUUGGAUACUAAAUUAUUUUAUCCAUACGAUUUAUUGGAAAAGGAAUGGAAAAAAUAUUCGAGAUCCGGUGUGAUUCUGACAUGUCUAAUGCUUCCACAAUCGCUGAGCAAAUCCAAAACUCACGAUCUUCAGAAAAUGGCCGAAAAUAACGAAAACCUUUUUGACCCUUCUCUCAAAAGAUUUCCAGUAACGAAGAUGUUAACACAAAGGAUAACCGAUCUGAUGAAAUUUUUGAUAGAUAGUGAACUGUUGUAAAAUUACAAAACGUUAAAAAAUUAAAUUAGUAUUGCAUAGAAUGAAUUAAUAGUGGAGUGCCUAUAUUAAAACCAAACAAAUUGAGCAGAUUUCUUUAUGUUGUCUUCACCUGAAUAAAAUCACACCUUUCAUUGCUAGAGUUUCAAUUGGGCAAUGUUAGUUUCGCGCGAAACCUCUACUUUUUGAUCUGUUCAAUUAACUAUUUACCAAUAACAGACGUGACCUCUCACUUCUCUAACGAUAAUUGAACAAUUUCUUGGCUACGUAAAUCACAAAAAUAUUUUAUCCAAGUUGGCACACGCUAUUAUUCUGUGUAAACUAGUAAAAUACAAGAGGUGCAACAGGUGAUUAGGAAAUAAAAUUAUGGUACCUACUUAGCCUUAAUUUGAGCCACAUUAUAAAGUAUAUUAAUAGGCUUCCCAAAUAUUCCAUGUUCAAUUUAUUGUUGAAAUAGGGUAGGUUGUUCUGUGGUGAGAAUGAUUUAUCAAAAUCAACAGGUGAAAUAAGUAGGUAAUUUACUUAUCAAAUAGCUCGUAGACAUAUUUGCCCAAUACGCAAGGACAUGCACAUCAAAACAAUAAUAAUCAAACAACAUUUUACACAUAAUUAUUAGGCAUAUUAAUAAUUAUA